UGCUGCCUCUUGUUUCUCGCGUUUCUUUUACUGUCUGCUCAGCUCCAGUUCUGUCUGGUGUCUGUCAGGUGGUGGAGUGGAUAAUGCUGACUUUCACGUUUUCGCUUCCCAACGAGAUGAGCUGAUAAGCAGAGGUAGAAGAGAUAAGAGGUGGACACAGUUCGAAGAAACAGUCCCAGAGAACAAGUGGUGUGUCUGCUCUAGAUGCUCCAGAAGAAGCCCUCUGUUCUUGCCCAAAAUGCCCAUUACUAACUGUUUUUUGGCGUCUCCUAGAAUCAAGUCAUGUCGUUGAAAAGAGAAUCUGCUGAAUUAUCAGACGAGAACCCAGCAAAAAGAUUGAAGGACUCGACCUCUUCGCCUGAAUCUGCUCUGAAGAAUGCUGAUCAGGUCGAUGGGACUCUUGAUAAUGGUGUCUCAAAUGAUGGCCACAAUACUUCCCAGGAAUUGACUGAAAACAAUAGUCCUACUUCCAACAAUAUCAACCAAAAGGAUAACCAAAACACAAAUGAUAAAGAUGAUAAUGAUAAAGAUGAUAAUGAUAAAGAUGAUAAUGAUAAAGAUGAUAAUGAUAAUGAUAAUGAUAAUGAUAAUGAUAAUAAUAAAAAUAACAAUAACAAUAAUAAUAAUCCUGAUAAUCCUGAUAAUGGAGAAAAUAAUAUUAAUGAAAACAAUAAUAACAACAUCAACCAAUCCAACCAAAACAAGAAUAACGACGAUAAUAAUAAUCAAGAAAACAAUAAUCAAAACCCAAAUCCCCCAGUCUCUGAUGAUAUGAACAAUAUCGAUUCAGAAUUAUUAUCCCAACAACCCAAUUAUACUGAUCCUUCAGACUCCGUUGCAGCUGCUGUUCAUGCUGCUCAAGCUGCUCAAGCUGCUCAAGAUAACCAAAAUAAUCUGCAUUAUGAUCAUCAAAAUAAAAUCAACAAUAAUUUUAAUAAUUCAAUCAACAACAUGAAUAAUAUCAAUAACAUAAAUAGCAUGAAUAAUAUAAACAACAUCAAUGAUAUGAAUAACGUAAAUAAUUCAUAUAACGACUUAAAUAACAUUUCUUACUCUCAACAAUUACAAGUAUAUGCUCAAGCUGAAAAUGAUGCUCAAAGAGAGAGACAAAUAAAUGCUUUAACUCAACAUUCUUACAAUAAUCAAAAUAAUCAAAACGAUAUUCCAAAAAAUUCCCGUAUUCUUACUACAACAACUGAAAAACCUCUAACUGGUAGUGAUGAAUGGCAAAGAAUUAGAAGAGAAAACCACAAAGAAGUUGAAAGAAGAAGAAGAGAAAAUAUCAACGCUGGUAUUAGAGAAUUGGCCUCCUUAUUACCCACCCCUGAAACUAAUAAAGCUCAAAUAUUAAAAAGAGCUGUUGAUUAUAUUCGCAGAUUAAAAGAAAACGAAACUAAUAACGUUGAAAAGUGGACCUUAGAAAAAUUAUUAACAGAUCAAGCCGUCGCUGAAUUGGGCUCUUCUAAUGAUAAAUUAAAAAUAGAAUUGGAAAGAACUUAUAGAGAAUUAGAAAGAUAUAAAAAACUUCAUCAUGAUUUAAGAAAUGAAGACUAAUUUAUAAACAAAUAUAUUAUUUUUAUGCGCUCUUUAACUUUUACUGUUUUUUCUUUAAUUCUGUUAAUUAAUUGAAUAAUUCAUUUUCCUUAAUUGGCUUUUGGUUAAUAUUUUGGUUUAUUUGUCUGUUUUUGUUUGAAAACAAAUUUUUUUUUCAACAUUGUGUUUUAUUCUUUCUCUUUUUAGUAUUUUUUAAAGCAAAAAAAAAUUAAACUAUUAAUCAAUCUUUUCACUCUUUUUCAAUCUUUAAUAAUAUAAGUUGCCUUGAAUUUUCUAUAGUUUUUUUUUUGUUUUGAUUUUCUUUUUACUUCCUUACCUUUGACAACUAAU